AUGGAGGAUAGCCCGUCGUCUCUCAGCUCACAGUCUGCUCAGCAGCAUGACACUCGCAUCAGCAGCCCGCUCAACCGUCGCUCGAAGCGCGGGAGAUACACGCCGGUCGCAUGCAACGAGUGCAAGAAACGGAAGCUCAAGUGCAUUCCAACCGGCGAUGACAACUGCCAGCGAUGCAUCGCCGGUGGCAUCGCCUGCGUCUUCGGGUCGCGGCCGCAACCGCAGGCCUCCAAGACAGCGCGUCUCGCCAACAUGAAGAUGCAUGUCCUCGCCGAUGCGUCCAGCCACCACCAUGUCCGUGCCCUGACGGAUGAGAUGGCGCAGCUGCGACAGCAGGUUACGGACCUCGCCGAGUCUGUCAGGGAGCUCAGAGAAAAUGCGGAAAUAUCGCGACCACAGAACACCUCUUGCGUUGCAGCGGCCUUCGCCACCUCACCUUCCAAUGUCGGGUCGCGGGAUAAUGCACCCAAGCACCCACACUUCAUCGGCCCUACACGCCCAGCUUAUGGGCUCGUUGUAGCAGAGCGCUCACUUACACGGAUGGGCAUCCAAGCUCCAGACUCCGCCAAAUCUACGUCACUGUCGUCCAGCCGAGCCGAUUCCCCAUUAGCAGGGGAAGCGAUGGAAGAUGAUGGGUCUCCCGCCACGGAUGCCGAGUUCUGGGCCAGCUGUACGCCUGACGAAGUCGCUCGCCUGCUAGCCGUCUUCGAAGAGGAGGUCGAGUCAGUGUACCCCUUCGUCGACACGAUCGAGCUUGCCUCGCGGGCCGAGCAAAUCUUGCGUCGAAUACGGAAUCCGGACGCAGCGGACAACCAAGCGCACGACAGACAACAGGCUCCGCUAAGUAGCCUGGAUGUCGACAUGGUCAAGCUGGCCGUUGCCACUGCCGUGGCGGUAGAGGCGCAUGGCAAGACAGCGCUGAGCGCAUCCAUCGCCGAGUCGGUCGAGGACCGCCUAUCGCGCAUAUCCCGAAGCCAAGUUGAGCUGAAAGGGAUACAGCUGCUGACCAUGCUGAGCAUCUACCACUUCCACUGCGACGACGAGCUUCUUGCGUGGCGUACCAUUGGCGUCGCUGCCCGAGAAGCCCUCGAAAUGGGCUUGCACCGUCGCCGGAGCCUCUUCGACAACUUCCGCGACGCCCACUCGCGUCGCGAUGCAAUGCGUGUGUUUUGGUGUGUGUACGUGCUUGACCGUCGCUGGAGCUUUGGGACAAGCCUGUCCUUUGCGCUCGCCGACCGUGAUAUCGACCCUGCAUUGCCAGAGCCCGACGCAGAUCUGGCCUAUCUUCGUUGCAUGAUAAGCUAUGCACGCCUGUGCUCCAAGAUAUGGGAUGCGAUUCCGCCGUUCGGCUCUCCCUCACCAGCCAUCCCAACCGAAGACGUUCAUGCACUCGACCUCAGCACCCAAGUCUGGCUCGACUCCAUUCCAGCGCAUCUCCAGAUACGGCAUCCACGUAUGCUCGGCGCGACGGGCUCCAACAUGUCCCAACCGCGCGUGCUGCAUCGCCUUCGCGCGCUGCUCUACCUCCGCGGCAACUACACUCGCAUCUCCAUCUACCAGCAUUACCUCUUGAGCCCCGCCAGCAUACAGGCGAACCUUUCCUCCGCGCGACUCGUCGUGGAUAUCGCACGGGAUACCGUGCAGGUUCUCGUUCAUCUCAACGCCACGACAGACGUUUACUCGCGCCAGCAGAAUGCCUUCAACUACUUCCUGCUAAGCGCGUUUGCCGUCAUGACUUUGGCAGUGUGCCAUGCGCCACAUCAUUUUGCAAGGACAUGCCGAGAAAGUCUUCUGCAGGCAAUUGAACUCGUCAAGGGGUUUUCGCGCCAUAGCGUGGCGAGUAGGAGGCUGUGGAACAGCAUUCGGGAGCUGUUGCCACGGCUGAAAAGCCUACAGAUGCAGAGCUCAGAAGGUCCGCAGGCGGAUUCGAUGCUGCAUGCAACUGGCAAUCACACUGCCGCCGGUUCAGAGACCCGACGAGAAGCUAGCGCCGACAUGGACGCACCAAUGGACUUGGGACAGUUUCACGACGACGGUGGAAUGCAACUGUCCUUGAUUCCCGAAAUGACAGAGUUUAGCUCGGAUCUCCUGGACUUGUUCGACACGCUGGGGCAAGGGCAAAACUUUGGGGACUCGUUUGGCGCCGACUUUUACGAUCCCUCGGGAGGAUUUGAGAUGCAAUCGGACGGGCUGGGAAUCUCGCGUCGCUUCCUCCAGGGCCUGAUGUGA